GAAAAAAGGCGAAAGAAAAGGGUAGACGCAAUCAUGUCGACACAAUCACCCACCACACAAACAUCUGAAGAUCCCACUUCCUCUCACAGUCAGCCCUCGGUCACCCCGUCCGAAGCAGAGCUCACCACCGAACUACGCUCCCUCCGUCAUACCAACCCUAAAACGGGUGCAGCCAAACUCCUACUCCUACUCAAACAGAAACAACCCACAUGGUCUGUUUCGGAAAAGCGGGUGAAAAAGGUGUUGAAAGACCAGGGGUUGAUGGUUGUCGAAGAGCCGUCAUCGGUACACCCGAGUGAGGAGAGUGGUCACCAAGAAGAGGGUUCAUCAACAUCAUUAGGUACACAGGCUAUCAAUACCGGCGGAGGUACUUCUAGUAGCUCAAAAAAGAAGAAGAGCAAGUCGGCGGUGGGUGGAGGGUCGAGCUUGCGAUAUGAACAUCCCGUUUCGGCUACGACGGAUGCGGUGGAUCCCCACAAGUGGUCAAAUAGAGUGGACGUCAAG